CCUGAGCUCUCCUCUCUUGCGUGCAGUGAGCCAACCCACGACGUCGGAUGAGACGGUGGUGGCUGGUGGCACAGUGGUGCUCAAGUGCCAGGUGGAGGACCCUGACGACUCCUCGCUGCAGUGGUCCAACCCUGCCCAGCAGACCCUCUACUUUGGGGAGAAACGAGCCCUACGAGACAACAGGAUCCAGCUGGAGAGGUCCACACCCAACGAACUGACCAUCAGCAUCAGCGACGUGGUGCUGUCGGAUGAGGGGGAAUACACCUGCUCCAUCUUCACCAUGCCCGUGCGGACCGCCAAGGCCCUCGUCACCGUGCUGGGAAUCCCUCAGAAACCCCAAAUCUUUGGCCACGAGCAGCCCAUCGACGAGGAGAAAAUCGCCCGGCUCACGUGCCGAUCCUCCGGCAGCAAACCUGCAGCGCAGCUCCGGUGGAAGAAGGGCAACAAAGAGCUGAAGGCUGAGGGCACCGAGGUGGUGGAGGACUCGAAUGGGAAGACCUUCACCGUCAGCAGCCGGGUGGAAUUCCGUGUCACCAAGGAGGACAACGACGCCGAGGUGACCUGCACCGUGGACCACGAGUCCUUGCAGAACUCCGAGAGGUCAACCACACAGAAGCUGCAGGUCCACUACAAACCAACAGCGAAGAUCGAACCGCACCCGCAGUACCCAAGGGAAGGAGAGAAGCUGCAACUGCAGUGUGACGGGCAAGGCAACCCCGUCCCCCAGGAGUUCCUAUGGGAGAAGGAGGGCAGCGACGCCCCGCUGCAGCUGAGCUCCGACAGCAUCCUCAUCUUCCCCUUCCUCAACAAGAGCGACAGCGGCACCUACAUCUGCACGGCCACCAGCUCCAUGGGCAGCGUCAUCGCCAAGUACAACCUGGACGUCAGCGAUCCUUCCCAGCUCCCCACCCCACACGUUCACUCCACUCCAGCCCCUCCGCCAGGCCCUUCCCAGCCCAUCUCUCAUGCUUCCAUGGCCACCGCUUCAUCCUCCACUCCAGCUCCCAUCCAAGACGCCAGUCCGGUGCCGUCGACUUCCAGCACUUACCACGCGGUCAUCGGCGGAGUGGUGGCCGUCAUCGUCUUCCUCCUGCUCAGCCUCCUCAUCGUGCUGGGACAUUACCUGAUCAGGCACAAAGGUGUGUGCAUAAGACACGGGGAGACCAUCACCGCCAGGCCGCAGCAAAACCCACCCGAGGUGGUGAUGUGCACCUACCUGACCCACGAGGCCAAGGGCUCCGAUGACGCUCCGGAUGCCGACACGGCCAUCAUCAACGCGGAGGGCGGCCAAGCGGGCGGCGACGACAAGAAGGAAUAUUUCAUCUAAAGGGCGUCGGAGAGGGUGAGAAAUGGAGCCAGCGAACCCCGAUGGAAACGGAAACCAGACCACAAACCCCACUCAACCCAACAGAUUUACUCUCGUGCCCGGCACGGGCGGACGGAUGGACGGACGGACGGAGGGAUGGCGGGACAGAGAGCAGAGAGCGACCGGCUGAGAUGUGAUGAUGCUUCUUGUUGAACUUGUACAAAACGUUGUUACUACGAACAGCGAAAGCCCCGUUUGCUUGCUUGCACCUCCAACCCCGCGCCCGGCGCUCGCGCGAAACACAGACCAAGCAGUGAGUGAGCGACGUUCCUUCUUCCUUCGGACCUUUGCUUCGGUUUCGUGGCUGCUCUUUGCUUUGAGCCCUCGGUUGGGGUGUCGGGCUGGGGUCGAUGUAGCUCUUUUCCUUUCGUUUCUCUUCCGUUUUGGGUUUUCGUUUUUGAUGCCCGAGGAUAAAAUCAGCUCCGGGCUCUGCGUCGUCGGUGCUCCCACCGAGAGCUGGGACCUCCCCGUCGUCCCCGGUCCGUAGGGAUGGGGUUUGCUGUGGAUCCCCCCGCAUCCCUGCCCUGAUUUUAUCCUUGCUGGUCCUCAUCCGACAGCGUCUGCUGGGGAGGCGAGCUGCCCUCGUGCCGGCGGUGUGUGAAGGGGCUGAGAUUCCAGGGUGGGAACUGCCGAAGCCUCCGGAGAUGCUGGGAGCUGCCGGGCACCGCGGCCGCCCCCGUUCCCAUCCAGUGUGAGGCGGGGGGAGAGGGCAGGGUUU